ACCCUGUGUUUUACAUGGGUAACCCUGUGAACGUCAGCCAGUUCUUUUGGGUCGACAUUGUUGCGGCGUGCUCUUCGUUUGAACAUUUUGUCUAAAGAAUUUUCGCAUUUAAUUCAGAAUGGAUGCUCCCAAAGAAGGAAAUAUCGAUGCAGAGUCGUGCAACGAAGUCGAUGAUGAGAAGUCAAACUCUGACUGCCAAUCCAUGCCGGCUUACAUGAAUUCGGUGCUGAGGCGACAGUUCUUGCAGGAACUGGUGAAAUCCCUUCCAUUGCCUGUUCAGAACCGGAUAACCGUGCUGAAGAACUUGCAAUUGGAACAUUUAAAAAUCGAAGCCGAGUUCUUUGAGGAGGUUUACAAGUUGGAAAAGAAGUACCAGUUGAAAUAUCAACCCAUGUUCGACAAGCGCAAGGAAAUUGUUGUCGGCACCAUUGAUCCAACGGAGGAGAAACCCAAAUGGAAGGAGCCGGAACAACAGCCGAACGAUGGCGAAGAAGGUCGUGAAGACUUAAACGAGUCCCUAAAGAAUAUUAAGAGUAUGCCUCAGGAUGCCAAAGGCAUUCCUGAUUUUUGGCUGACCGUGUUCCGCAACACGGCUAUCUUGUCGGAAAUGGUUCAGACUCACGAUGAGCCCGCCAUUCGUAAACUUACGGAUAUUGUCAUCAAAUACGACAAUGAACACUCAUACACUUUGGAGUUUCAUUUCGAUAAAAAUGAUUAUUUCACAAAUACUGUGCUUACAAAGCAAUACCUCCUGAAGUCUACAGUCGAUCCAGAUGAUCCAUUUGCAUUCGAGGGCCCGGAGAUUUUCAAAUGCAAAGGUUGCACCAUCGACUGGCACAAGAAAAUGAAUCUGACGGUGAAGACCAUCCGGAAGAAACAGAAGCAUAAGGAACGUGGCGCUGUGCGCACAAUUGUCAAGCAGGUUCCUACAGAUUCCUUCUUUAACUUCUUCAAUCCACCAGACGCUCAAAACGGUAAAGACGAGAUCGAUGAUGAAUCGCAGCAAAUAUUGGCAACCGAUUUUGAAAUCGGACACUUUUUGCGUGCAAGAAUUAUACCGAAAGCUGUGCUUUACUACACGGGCGACAUUGUCGAUGAUGAGGACGAUGAGGAUGAGGAGGAAUUUGAAAACGAGGAAGACGAUUACGAUGACGACGAGAAUGAGGGUCAAAGCAAACCCUCUGCUGGUAGCAAAAAACAGUCUCCAAAUGACUGUCCCAAUCAGUAGGUCAUAAUAAUAUCUUGAUGUUUCAACUUUAUAAAGUUGUGUAUGAUAAGUAUAUGUAAUUAAAAUAUAUUUUUGGUGAAUUAAAAUUUCAAGGAAAGUAAAA